AUGCCCAGAAGUCUCUCGCUGAAGGAGAAAGUGCAGAUCAUCCGCGAGUGCCAGCGGCCGGGGGCCACUCAGAGCCAAGUGGCCGCCAAGUGGGAGUUGCACCGGUCGGUCGUGUGCCGGAUCUGGCAGCAGAAGGAAAAGCUGUUGGCUGACUACGAAGCCGGCCAGUCGAACGGCUGCCGUAAGCGCGGGCGGGAAGGAAAAGCCCCUGCUGUCGACCGGGCUCUCUUUACGUGGCUCAAGGAGAAGAGGGCGCAGGGGGUGCUGCUGGCUGGACCCGCGGUCAAGGAAAAAGCCCGUCAGCUCGCUGCUUCCCUUGGACUGAAUGAUUUUAAGGCAAGCGACGGUUGGUUUACCAGAUGGAAGAAACGCUUCAAUGUUGCUUGCGGAAAAGAGCAGGGUGGAAAACAGUCAGCGAACAAACCCACCACUGAGCAGUGGCAGUGCGAAAAACUUCCUCGUAUCCUUGAAAAGUUCUCUCGGGCUGACAUCUACAAUGCUGACGAAACAGGGCUUUAUCUGAAAGGGCUCUGUGACAGAGGACUUGGAGAAAGAAAUGAAAAGCAAGAAGGAGGGAAAGCUUCAAAGGACAGGGUAACAGUGCUCGUCUGUGCCAACAUGGAUGGGAGUGACAAACGCCCGCUGGUCAUGAUCGGGACGUCAAAACGACCCCGAUGCUUUCCGGUGGAUUUCAGGAAACUUCCCCUCAAUUAUGUCAGUUCAGCGAAUGCCUGGAUGACAGGUGAGAUUUUCAUCAAAUGGUUGAAAAAGUGGGAUCGUCAGCUUUACUGGCAGAGCCGUCAGAUAUGCCUCUUCCUGGCUAACUGCUCCGUACACCCGCAAGGAGUGGUUCUCACUAACAUUCAGCUUGAAUUCUUACCCCCUAACGCUACGUCUUCGAUGCAACCUAUGGCUCAAGGUGUCAUUGAGAACAUGAAGGGACAUUACCGAUCAAAAAUAGCAAGCCGGAUUAAUGUUGCUCUUGAUGUGGACCCCAGCGCAGACGUUCAGACAGUCCUGAAAACUGUGAACUUGCUAGAUUGCGUUCAUCUUGUUGCCGAGGCCUGGCAAGAUGUAAAGCCGACAACAAUUUCCAACUGUUUCUGGAAAGGCAAAUUUGUUGUGCCAGAGGAAGGUGGGCGAGACGAGGAUAUUGCAGAGUUUGACGACCCCCUGAACGAUGUUCCACUUCCAGUCAACAUGGAAAAAGAGGGCUUAGUAGCCGCUGUGGCUGUGGACGAGGAUUUGCUGACGUUCGGAGAGCUAACCCAUGAGGAAUUACUGCGCGCUGCAGCUGCUGCAAGGCCGGAGAAACGCGCUUGUGUGGAUGAAACGUAUCAUAAUGCAGAGGAUACUCAAGAGAGUGAGGAUGAUUUUGAUGAAGUUCCAUCCCCGACAAACUCCGAGCUGUUGAAGGCUUUGAACACACUUCGGCACUUUUCGCAGCUAGAGGGACUUGGGGACGGGGUCUACAGGUCGCUUUGGGACAUUGAAUCCCACCUUCAGAACAAAAUUGUGACUGAGAAGAAGCAGAGCAAAUUAACAGAGUUCUUUCACCCCAAAUGA